CUCACAACUUCCUAUUUCAAUGACCGGUCUUAAUAAGCCCGAGCUUAUGUUAGCUCAACUAUCUACCUCCUCACUCAUUAGGUUUACUGGGGCCACAAUGAGACCAACAAAGAAACGUUGGCUUUCUCAAGCUCUCCUAGAAGAUGGAGGGAACGAACAGCCUGGCUGCUUCUCUUCUGACACUCAGCUAAACUUGCCUUCUAGUCUUUGUCUCACUCCGGUUGGUCAAUCUAGCCUCUUCACUUGCCCAAUAUCUAGUGCUUCGGGCCUCGCUGCUCUAACCCCACACAUCAACCCAAAGAAACGUCUUAUUUCUCAGUUCUCCUGUUCUGUGACCAGCUCUCCUCGCUCUUGUGACCAUGUAGAUUCAAUUGUAAGCAGUGACCAAGCCAAAGCUAAACUAGAAUUCACUACCACUGAUAUUUCUUCAAACACAGAUCCUACUUCAGGCCUUUCAGUAAACCCAAUCACCUCAAAAGCCACUGAGGAUCAUUUAAAUGCUCUUCGGUCGGGCAACUAUCAGCCUACUCCCGUAUCCGGGCGAUCUGAACCGAGCCAAGUCGACCAAAUUGGCCAAUUCGAUAUAUCUAUUGGUCCUAGUGAUGCCAGCGCUAGAACCACUGUAGUCCCAACCUCAUCAUUACAUCGGUCCGCUCGAUUAGUAGACAACAUCGCCAACGGCCCAGAAGCUGCUCAGUCAACUCAGAUUACUAGAGCUAGUCAGAGUCAUGAUGACACAAUUGAUGAGCCUGGUAUAUCACAUAAUGUGAUCAGCAUGUCUUACCUGAAUCAUCACCAUCAACUAGAAGAGACAGAGGCAGGCUUGUUUGAACGUAUUCAGCACAUAACGGCAGAUCUUCAACAGUUUCAAGAGCCGAGAUCGUCCCCGAUUGACAAACCCCGAGAGCGCAUUGGAAAAACAGAGCGAGAUAGGCAGCAAAAAUCAGCUGAAUCGAAGAAACUGCCCCCAAAAAAGGCAACAUUGAAAAGGCAGCAAGAAGAACAGCGCCUUCAAGAAAUGCGCAAGGUUCGUGUCUCUUUGCAUGAAUAUCGUAGGCGUCGUGGGCUAGCAUCUCUACCUUCGGCCACUGGAAUAACCAAUACAUGCAGCAAUAUGUCCAAUCGCUCUCAUCUCUUGUCCAGUCUCAACGUCGAUCUUUUCCGAUUUGAGGCGGAUGAAUCCAAAAUCACGCUUGACUGUUUGCCUCGACUUAAUAAAAAAAAUCCUUAUGGUUUGAUGACUCUGGCAUCAUCUGCAACACUCUCACUUGGGGCAGAAGGGCAUGCUAAAAUAGAUGCUAUUCAUAGCCCACAGUUACCGAGAUCCACUCCUCUUGAUACUUUCAAUCUUCAACCUCCCCAGUCAUCGGUCGGCCUCUUUCUUGUCUCAGAUCAACUCGAAACCGAUCAGUCCUCUCCACAUGGCAGUUUGUUGCGUGGGGAGCUUGGCCGCCCCACGUCUGUACUUAGGUCCCGCACAUCUGAAUCCUUAUCAGAGCUGGAACUUGAAGCGUUGCCAUGCCCAAUAGCCAUGAUAUCUCAUUCUUCACCGCAAUCAUGUUUGCCGAUUCUCGAAACAGCGGUGUCAUCAGCCCAAGAUCCGCCGCCUUGUCCUCAACAGCCUCCAGCAACCAGAGCUGCUGCAAACUCUUCGUCUUCUUCGUCUUCCUCCUCAUCGUCAUGGGCUUCACUUCCUGGAGGCAAAUCAGGUCUUGUUACCUCUGACAUGCUCAUUCGUAUCAGCACUGAACUUGAUGUAAAGCUGACUCACGAUCGCCCCGAACUUCUAGAUACUGGUUGUGUCAGUUCAGCAGCCAUAGAUCCUAACGAGCGGGGGCCCAGGACGCCUAGCGAGCCGUCUGACCAAGAAGAAGCCGAUGACGACGAUGAAGAAGCGAUUAUAAUUAAUGGAGUUAAGAGCGCUCGACAUAAUCGUAUCGUAAAGGAAUCUAACACCUAUGUUCCUUCGAAAACUAUUGAAACUUCUUUCGGUACAACCUUAGUCUCAGAUAGCCCACGACCUGUAGCAAUAGCUGGUAUCGAAACUGAUUUGACUGGAUUAGUUGCGACUGCAAAAAAGCGAGAUCGAGAUGCAUUCUAUCCGCCUAAUGGGCUAUCAGCAUUUGAAUAUGAUGAGAGACGAAGCACCAAGUAUCGUGCGGAGGAAUCUGGUCAGUCAAAUGGUCCAUCAAGGCCCAGAAGUCCGCGAGACUCGGCAUCCGACAUACGGCCUCCCUCUACUUGUUCUUCCGCACUAGCUUUAGGCAGUUGGCGCGGCGCCCUAGAGCCUGUUAUGGACGAAGCGAUUAUUGGAGGCAAACUUCAACUUCCAAGUAGUCACGGUAGUUCACCACCCUCGCCUGUUUCAGAGGCGUCCAAUAGUCCUGCUGCUCGACUUGGUUGUGACUUCGGAUCAACUUUUGUCCCCGGAACAACUAUCACGAGGUCUUCUAAAUCAUCACUACGAUCACGAGAAUUAUCUGCUGUAAAGCUUCACUCAGGGACGAAUUUCUCUGAUAAACUGAUGUCAAUGCCUUUACAGCUCCCAUUAGCUUCAAUACCCCCUCCACCACCACCACUACCCACUUCAUCUCUCCUCCUCCCUCCUCCUCCGCCCCCCCCACCCUUGUGCUCUUCUGCCAUUGUGGUCGGCCCAAACAGCGAACCAGACGUAAAGCAGUCAUCACCGCUUUCGCUGACUGCCAGUGCGCCCCACUCUGCGCGCGACUAUUUUAUUCGCCGAGACAAGGAGAUUCAGGCAUGGCAGGAGCGCACUACUCUGCAACACCAACUUGCAAAACAGCGCUGGCGAUUACCGAUUCCACAUCAUCACCACAAUCAGCAGCACCAACAUCAUCCUCAUCUCCUGGUUGCAACGCAUUCUAUUCCACCUCCACAGCUACUUCAACCAUCGCCUCAAUCUACACGCCCUCCUCAUCUUCCACUUCCCCCCUUAAACACUUCUUUACCUCCUCAGCACCAACAGCUGCAGCAGUUUCAACCACAACCACAACAGCAAAAGCAAACCCCACAGCAGACAUCGGUUCUCUCUACUGGCAUUAAUAUGUCCCAGCCAUACUUUUGCUCACUUAGAAUGUUAGAUGGUGCGGCCAAAGGAGGCAAUCAACCUCUUCUUUCUCAGCCACACCAGUGCGACCAGAUCCGCACCAGACUCCCAUUUGAGCCAUCAGUCUCUUCUGGGAUAAAUAUUCCUCCCUGCCUCAACCCUGGCACUCCACUUGCCUCAAAGCUUAGCCCCAAUUCUGGGCCCAUACUAUCGAGUCCUGGGUUUAGCCAUCGAACACAGCAUGUCUCAUCGGGCUCUUGUUUGCCUAGCAAGUCGACUAUUUUUUCUUCUCUGCCGCCACCCUCUUAUCGAGAUGUCACUCUCCUCCACAGCAUCUCUUUGCCUAACUCCUCUUCUCCACCACCACCUCUGCCUAUCACUCAUCCACCUUCUCUCUCUCUACCUUUGCCCCUUCCUCCCCCUCCUCCUCCUCCCCCACCUCCAUCGCUCUCCAUUCCGCCCUCUCUUCUUCAGGUUCCUCCACCUCCACCCCCACCACCACCGCCUCAACCAUCAUUGCCCCUACCUUUACCUCUUCCUCUUAAUUUACCUCCACCAGGUCUCCCUUCUCUAGACAAAGUUCCAGGGCCCAUCCAACUACUUGACACUUCACUUCCUCCUCAUCCUUCUUUCUUAUCUCGCAUCUGGGAGCAUAGGCCGCCGACAGGACGCUCUUCACCUCUCUUUUCCAGGGAACACAAGCCUCACGAACGAAAUUAUCUUAGCUGCCAUUUCCAUGAUCAGCUUCAAACACAACGUAACCAUUCUUUUCCCCAGGCCCCCAAUGAGCCCUCUGGGAGCCAAUACCCAGGGGAUUCUGGCUUCCGACAACGGCACGCCUCUUCCGAAGCCCGUGUUGAUCGUGGACUUUCCGUUCAAACUACCUGCUUGUCCCAUCAACUUGGGGUUGUAAGUUCUCCUUCAAUUGGCGUAUAUUCAACGCCGCCGCCACAACUAUCUUCUGCAGCCACCAAUAUAGUCAGCAUAAUCACUGGCGCCAUC